AAAAUGGCGCCGAAGAAGCGUGGAGGAAGGGCCCGUGCCACGGUGGUCACCGCCCGGAAAGUGGUGGAAGAAACCGUCUCCGUCGUCGUCUCCGGCGAAACGGAGACCGAAAGUCAAACUUUGACUGAAGAAAAUCAAUCAUUCGAAAUACUUACUCCACCUCCUUAUGAAGAACCUAUGCCUAAAAGAACCAUUAAUGUUCAAGACAAAUCCGAAGGAAAAAAGGCCCAACAAAGAAAACCCGACUCGGCCCAACAAGUAGAUGAAGAUGAAACGCAACCAGCUGAUGAGCCAGAAGAGAUGCCAUCACCUCCGAAAAAGGAAGCGGUUCGAAAGAAGGCCCAGAAGAGGAAACCCGACCCGGCCCAACGAGUAGAUGAAGAUGAAACUCAACCAGAAGAGAUGCCUACGCCUCCGAAAAUGGAAGCGGAUCAAAAGAAGGCCCAGAAGAGGAAACCCGACCCGGCCCAGAAAGCAAAAGGAGGAGGUGAGAGGAAAAAGAAGAGGGCGAAAGUGGGUGGGGGAGUGGGACCCAGUGAAGGGUAUAGAAGGUAUGUGUUUAGAGUGAUGAAGCAAGUUCAUCCAGAUAUGGGAAUUUCAUCAAAGGCUAUGAUGAUAUUGAAUAAUUUGAUGGGUGAUAUGUUCGAGAGGAUCGCCAAUGAAGCGGCGAUCCUCACGAAGUACGUGGGACGUGCCACGUUGACGUCGGUGGAUAUUCAGGAUGCGGUGAAAUUGGUGCUGCCUGGGGAGCUGGGGAAGCAUGCAAUUGCUGAAGGGACCAAAGCUGUUGCUAACUAUGUGACUAGUGUUGAAACGUCGAAGUCGAAGCCGUAA